AUGCUCCGGCUGGCUGCGGCUCUGUUUGUUUGCAUGUUUCAAUGCAUCAGGCCAACGCUCGGGUCGAGCAUCGAUGAACUUCGUGCUGCGUCGGAUCCCAAAUUUUCGCUUUCGCAAGACAUAGGGAAUGGCACGUGGCCGCUGGCUGCCUUCAGGGGUGUGUCCUCUGCUCCUUCAACACGAGGACAUUCUUCCUAUGAGAGAGGGACGCCGAGCGAGGACAAAUCUAACGGACCCUUCGUCGAAAUUGCGUCGGCUACGAACACUGAAAAGUCUCUCUCGACAGCCUGCGGUCUUGACUGCGCGACACGUGGUUGGGAUGAUCCAAGUCCCUGGACUCCCACAAGUCUGAAGGGAGAAACCCGCGUCAGCGUCGGCGGAGCUCUGAGGGAUGGAGACGCCCCUGACAGGAGGAGGCGGGAUCCCGAGCAAAUACCCAGAAAUCAGCCGCCAACCCGAGGCAUGUCUGGGCAAGGCAGACGUGAGGAAAAUCACGUUUCCGCACAUUCAGUGGAGAACCGCAAGGUCCAGGUCAACUCGCCGGCCGUUACGGACGAGUAUCGCACCGGUUUCUCAAGAUAUCCGGAGAAUCGAGACGGCGGGCAUCAUCGGCAACUCUUCAUCGAGAAGGCUCCAACGGUGUUUCUUCUGUCUAACAUAUGGAACGAAUACCUCAUGCGUCCCGUGGCGAUGGGCGGGUUAGGCUUCAGAGCUGCGGCAGAUCGAGAGGCUGCCGCUUAUAUUUCCGAACUUGUUUUGACCUUCUGGGAAGAUUUGUAUGGUCUUUCACCGAAGACACCAUUUGAAACCACGUGA